AUGAAUGGCCCAGGAGAUUCCAGCCUACUCUUCAAUUGCUCAAAUCAAUCAAAUUUUGCUUGGGAAAUGUCAGAGCAAUGUGGCAAAGAGACACACCUCGAGAACAUCCUUUUUGCCACUUUCUACUUCCUGGACUUCAUCCUGGCUUUUGCUGGCAAUGCCCUGGCUCUCUGGCUCUUCAUCCGGGACCAGAAGUCAGACACACCUGCCAACAUCUUCCUGAUGCACCUUGCUGUGGCUGACCUGUCCUUUGUGCUGGUCCUUCCCACGCGGCUGGUGUACCAUUUCUCUGGUAAUCACUGGCCAUUUGGUGAGAUGCCAUGCAGGCUCACUGGCUUCCUUUUUUACCUCAAUAUGUAUGCCAGCAUCUACUUCCUCAUGUGUAUCAGCGUGGACCGUUUCCUAGCCAUCGUGCACCCUGUGAAGUCCAUCAAGCUCCGCAGGCCUCGCUACGCCCACACGGCGUGUGCCUUUCUGUGGGUCAUCGUUGGGGUGGCAAUGGCACCGCUGCUGCUCAGCGUGCAGACAGUCCAGAUGAGAAACACAACUGUCUGCCUGCAGCUCUACAGGGAGAAGGCCUCACGUCAUGCCCUCGUGUCCUUAGCAGUGGCAUUCACCUUCCCCUUCGUUACCACAGUGACUUGCUACUUACUCAUCAUCCGCAGCCUGCGGAGUGGGAACAGAGUGGAGAAGCACCUCAAGGAAAAAGCCAUCAAAAUGAUCAUCCUGGUCCUGAUGAUCUUUCUGAUUUGCUUUGUACCUUAUCACGUCAAUCGCUACAUUUACAUUCUGCAUUACAACGGGACCAAGACAUCCUGUGAGACUCAGCGUGUCCUGGCCCUGAGCAACCGCAUCACCUCCUGCCUCACCAGCCUCAACGGCGCCUUCGACCCCGUCAUGUACUUCUUUGUCGCCGAGAAGUUCCGGGAGGCUCUGUGCAAUCUCUUCUGUAUUAAAAAGACUGUAAUGCUGCCUCAAACAUAUGAGGGUAAGACAAACGAGAGCUCACUAAGUGCUAAAUCUGAACUGUGA